AUGACAAACAUUCCAAUUGUCGUUGAAGAUUUGAUUCGUCGGAGGGUUGCUCAAGUGGUGAAGAAAAUGCCUCAGAGUCCAGGGAUGCGAGGGGAGAAGGGAUGCGAGAAUGCCGCGAGGAAGUCCUUCAUCCCAACAACAUUUUGGAAUCAUUCAGCACAAAGUGGUUUAAGUUACUUCCACAACCCAGGGAGGUAUCCUCUGGUUCACAGAACAAUUGGACAAGAAUUGAGUCACGCUGUGAAUAAGUGUAGUGAUCGUGAAUAUAUUAUCGGAGUAGAAGAAAAGCAAAAGUUAACUUACCAGCAAAUUAAGACUGAAGCUGAUAGUCUAGCUGCAGGAUUUCACUGCAUUGGCUUAAAGAGGGGAGACCGUCUUGGGAUUUGGGCUCCAAAUGUGGCAUCAUGGCCUGUUGUCAUGUUUGCAGCCGCCCGAGCAGGACUUAUUUUGGUUGCCCUUAAUCCUGCCUACGAGGCAACUGAAAUGGAAUUCUGUCUUCGUAAAGUAGGAGUAAAAGCUCUGGUUACAUCUGAGAGCUUUCGUUCGCAGGAUUACUACGAGAAGCUCCAACAAAUUGUUCCAGAAUUAAUUUCUAGUGAUCCUGGGAGGAUAAAAUGCAAAAAGCUCCCAUCUCUUGCAUCAAUUCUAAUUGAUUCUGAGAAGAAUUUUGCAGGAACUUUCCGAUUAUGUGACGUAAAGUCUAUGCCAAUGGCAUCCCAGAUAGUUGGUAUUGAGGAUCAACAGAAGGACAUUAGUCCUGACAGUGGAUGCUGCAUUAUGUUCACUUCCGGUACAACAGGAAACCCCAAAGCUGCUCUGCUUAAGCACUCAGCUGUAGUUAAUUGUGGGUUGCAUUUUGAUAAAAUUGAACUUCUGGAGAGAAAAAUUCUUCUUCCUGUUCCAUUCUUCCAUGUCUUUGGGUUGGUUCCGGGAAUAAUGGGAGCUCUAACGAAUCAAGCAACAAUUGUUAUCCCCUCAACUACCUACAAUCCUGAAAAAUCUCUCCUUGCAAUUAGGAAUGAGAAGUGCUCAAUUCUUUAUGGGACUCCCACAAUGUUCGUAGAUUUGGUAAAGAAACAAAAGGAAAUUAAGUUGGAUAUUAGGCCUGAGAUUGCGUUCUUUGGAGCAGCUCCCUCAUCACCACAGCUUAUUCAAGAUAUGAAGAAAGAUUUAGGGUUAAAGAAACUUAAGACAGCUUAUGGUAUGACUGAGAGCACCGCAUGUAGCUUUAUAAGUCUCCCAGAAGACAGUGAUGAUCAAGUUUGCGAAACAAUUGGAUACGUCAAUGAUCACAUUGAGGCAAAAAUCAUUGAUAAACAAGGAAAUAUCGUCCCUUUUGGAAUUCCAGGAGAACUCUGCGUUCGAGGACAUUUCACAAUGCUCAAAUACUGGGAUGAUAUGGAGAAGACUCAAAAAGUCCUUGGAUCAGAUGGAUGGCUAAAGACAGGAGAUCAAUUCAUCCUACAGCCAAAUGGCUACGGCAAGAUUGUUGGAAGACUCAAGGAGAUUAUCAUAAGAGGCGGGGAAAAUAUUUUUCCAAAGGAAAUUGAAGAUUUUCUAGCAACCUGCCCAGAAAUUUCCGAAGUUUACAUUGUUGGUGUUCCUGAUAAAAGGUUUGGAGAGGAAAUGUGUGCCUAUGUACGCCUACAAUCUGGAAGUCAAUUUACAGAGAAGGAUAUUCGGGAGUAUUGUAAUGUUUCAUAA